UCCGGAUUUUUGAUCCGCGCAGUCCCCGGAUGUUAGCUAUUCAGAGAGAAAAACGAAAAGAGCGAGAGAGAGGCGGAGAAGCUAGGAGACGCCACGGACAAACCGGUAAAGGGAUUGCGGGUCUCAAACCCACGAUAAACACGGAGAGCAGAGGCUUGUUUCGGGGAGAGAGAGGGAGCUGUUAUCGAAAAAAGGAAGGGGAGGGGACGGCUAACUUUGACAGACCUGCACUGGCCUCCAGGAGCGGACACGAGCCCGGGUUUUGUUUUUGAGUGACGGCAACAAAAACAGUGAUCUGAGGGAGCGCCCUGCAUUCUCUCCGCACCGGAUUGCCACCCCUCCUUCACCGCCGCCAUUGCUGCCACUCGACCUGCCACCAUGACGUCGGAGCUGGAGAGCAGCUUGACCUCCAUGGACUGGCUGCCACAGCUGACCAUGCGGGCAGCCAUUCAGAAAGCGGAUUCCCAGAACACUCACGGGCCAGGCAUGGCUAAGAAGAGUGCUCUGCUGGACCCCAACACCACACUGGACCAGGAAGAGGUGCAGCAGCACAAGGAUGGCAAACCACCAUACAGUUACGCCAGCCUCAUCACAUUCGCCAUCAACAGUUCACCAAAGAAGAAAAUGACACUGAGCGAGAUCUACCAGUGGAUCUGUGACAAUUUCCCCUAUUACAGGGAAGCCGGCAGCGGGUGGAAGAACUCAAUACGGCACAAUCUCUCGUUGAACAAGUGUUUUCUCAAAGUGCCUCGCUCCAAAGAUGACCCGGGAAAGGGUUCGUACUGGGCAAUCGACACAAAUCCAAAGGAGGACACACUGCCCACACGACCCAAGAAGAGGCCACGGUCUGGAGAGCGGGCGUCCACGCCCUACAGCCUAGAAUCAGAUAACUUGGGAAUGGACUGCAUCAUCUCUGGAAGUGCCUCUCCAACGCUGGCAAUCAACACUGUGACUAACAAGGUGGCAUUGUACAACCCUGACCAGGACGGGAGUGACAGCCCUCGAAGCAGCCUUAACAACAGCCUAUCUGACCAGAGUCUGGCCUCUGUUAACCUCAACAGUGUGGGCAGCGUGCACAGCUACACACCGGUGACAAGUCAUCCAGAAUCGGUGUCCCAGUCCAUGAGCUUGCAGCAGGCACCUCAGGCCCAGUACAGCAUACCGGAACGCGACAAGCAGCUGCUCUUCUCCGACUUUGAAGAUCUCAGUGCCUCCUUCCGCAGCCUUUACAAGACCGUGUUUGAGCAGUCCUACAGCCAUCAGGGUCUGAUGGGAAUGCCCUCGGAGUCGUCCCAGCAGACCCACACCUCCUGCUCUUACCAACACUCCCCCAGCAACACCAUCAGCACCCACCCUCACAACAACCAGAACAGCAUCACUAACUCUCACCCCAACAACAUCCCCAACAAUGGUAGCCAGGUGCCUCUCUCCCACCCCCCUCACUCGGCCCACAACUCGCCCCAUGGACAGCACCUUUCCCAGCAUGGCCCUCUCGCCCAGCACAGCCAGCAUCCUCACACGGCACACAGCCAACAUCCCCAGCACAGCCAGCACGGGCAGCAUCCCUCCCAGCACCAGGCCCACGGCCAACACACACCUCAGCAACAGCAGCAGCAGCAGCACCAGAAUCUCUCCCACCAGCCUCAUCCUGGCCAGCAACAGAUGCAGUGCAACACUGGUCUUCCAAGUGACUGGUACCCAAACCUGGAUGCGCUAAAAGAAAGCUGCCGCAUCGCCAGCAGCUACAACUGGGCUGAUGUUGAUCUGUCACCCUUCCAAGGUCUGAAAGAGAGCAUGAGGCAGGCGGAGCUGAAUAACUGGUCUCUCGAACCCACUCAGAUAGCAGACCUCUGCUCCUCCAUCAAUCAGUUCUUUGCUCGCACUGGAAUCCAGCCACAAGGGGCAGUGCAGCCUCCAGUGUGCCAUGGCUCCAUGCAUCCAAACAAGCCCAGCCCACACAUCAAUACAGGAAACAUGUACAUGGACUCGAGACAGAGCUUAAGCUCUAUGAUGGGUCCGCCGGGAUAUCCUCAUAUGCCGCCCAUGAGCAGCCCUGGCCCCACUAUGACAGGCCAUCACGCUCAGAUGAACCAGCAGCAUAUGAUGCCUGCUGGAAACUUCCAGAUACGCCGCAUGCCCGCCGACGACAUCCAGGACGACUUUGACUGGGACUCCAUCGUGUAACCCAGUCCCUGAGAGCAAAGAGUGCUGCAGACAAACGAGAGAGGAGCGUAUGGAGGCAGAGUGUUUGUGUUACAGUGCAAGAGGGCUGGACCUGAGGUGUCUGCAUGCCCGUGACAGAAGGCAGAUUGGAAUGGGACACUUGAAAAAUAGUGCAGGUGUUGUUCAUUAUGACCUGAAAGAGACUCCUGUGUUCCUGGUGUUUUUAUGAAAAAAAAAAAAAUGAAAAAAAAAGAAUUUCCUUUGAAGACAAUCACAUUUACGAGGACAUGUUUAAGUGAUCGCUUUUAUACUUGUCCAAGGGGCAAGUGGUUCAUGUUUAUAUCAAAAUGUUUCCCAACCCACAGCCUCUCUACAAACUCGCCAAGCUCGCCCCUGCUCUUCAACUGUUGUUCAGUGAUUUUUCGAGUGAUUAUGUCCAGCUUGUUCUCCCCUCUCAUGGUGACUAACUCAGGCCUUGACCGCCCAUCAGACAAGAUUGGCUUCCUCAUCUGUGUUGUGAAACUUCCUCUGAGAUCCCGGGCACUUUUCAGAAGAGGGCCAAUGGUGCAGGUAAUGUGACAGUCGAAAGCACCUGCCAUUCUUCUCUCUGGUCGUCCAGGCACAAGUAGCCCUUUUUUUGCUCCUCUGACCCUUCACACUGUAAAAUGCUGAAGUCGCCAUGCAUCUAAAUCCGAUUCCAGCAGAUUUUACUGAUCGUUAAGGCUUAUAGCGAAACGUGUAAACCACAUUACCUGCAGUAUUUGUACUAGUGUAUCUUGUGUGUCAUGUUUUUGUCACUAAUAGUUUUAGGCAAGUCUGAACGUGUGCGGCAGAAAAUAUCUAUCCAGACCUCACAGUUCCUCAUCGCUUUAAGUUUGCAUGCACAAUCCUCAUUCUGUUGACCAUCAUUGUCUCCGGUUCGGACAGUUCAUUUAAAGUCCUCAGGACCUGCCACUGAAAAUAUCCUGCGUUGUUUAGGAGUGAUCACCUCCCUGACUGGAAGUUUGUGGGAUACUGGAGAGCCCUGUUCACGUUGCGAAAUAAGCCUGCUGUGAGGCUCUUUACAGCAGCGUGAUGGAGGAGAUGAAAAUCAGGUCAAGGCACAUUUGCUUAAUGGUCCGCAAUAAAAAAGCCCUCUUUAUUUUAACGCUAGGACCAACCGAUAUGAAAUCGCUUGCUCUUUGCUGCACUGACAAGGACUUUUAGCAGAGAGUUUACCUUCACUUUAGCUGUUGCUUUUGAAUGCUGGGUAGUGUAAUAGUGAGAGAAAGGAGAUGACUAAAAUGUUUAGAUACACUAAUAAUAGCCUUAUUUCGGAGGAUUGUUAACUGCUACUAAGAAGUGGUGCAAAGUUUAAAAUCACACACAUUCAAACUGUCCUUAAAUAAAAGAAACAGAACUAGACAGUAACUGCAUCCUGCUCUAUCAAGCGUAGCACCCUAAAGCAACUGUCGCUGUAAUGACCAUCCUACAGUCUAUAUUUUGAGAAGCUUAGUUGAAAGUGUCUUCUAUGUUAAGAAACCACAGUGUUUUAUUAUAUCAGCGAUUUUAUGGAAUGUGUUUGUGCAAUAUAAUUAAUUUAGGGCUAUCAGUGAUUACAAUCAUCUCUUUUGAAGAGCACAAAACUAAUGCACAAGAUCUGGACUAGAAUAGCGGAACCCAAAUUAGAAAUAGGUCCUUGCUUUUGACCUUUAGCAGGGUAUUUCUCGGUGAGAAGCAGCACUUCUGUUAGACCAAAUUCUAGGGUGCAGUGCUGAUUUAGAAAAGCCAUAAAAUGCGGUUGAAAAGGGAAGGAGUGGAUCUGACACCUUGGUCUCAUUGGUUUUCUGUAGUUUUCAAGUCAUCUUUAUGGGUUUUGUUUUAUUAUUCAUCAAAGUGUACGUGCUAAUAGACUUGGAAAAGUAAAAUGAUCUUAUGACAAUCUUUGUUUUUGUGUUUUGGUAUUUCAGUAUUAUAAACUCUCAAACAACGUAUUUACAUUAGACGUUGACAUGUUGGACUUUCAUCCCUAAGGCCAUUAAAGGGAUGCUUCAUCCCAAAAUGAACAUUUUGUCAUUAAUCACUUACCCCCAUGUCGUUCCAAAACCAUAAAAACUUUGUUCGUCUUCAGAACACAAUUUAAGAUCUUUUGGAUGAAAACCGGGAGGCUCGUGACUGUCCCAUGACUGCCAAGUAAAUUACACUGUCAAGGUCCAGAAAAGUAUGAAAAGCAUCAUCAGAAUAGUUCAUCUGCCAUCAGUGAUUCAGUCUAUGAGACCGUAACGAGGCUUCCGGUUUUCAUCCAAAAUAUCUUAAAUUGUGUUCUAAAGAUGAAGUUAUUAAGGACACAAUUUUAAUUUUGGGGUGGACUAUCCCUUUAAUAUCAUAAACCAAACCUUUAACAGUUUAUCACAUGUCCUUCAUGAAAACACACAUUUAAACCUCAAACUUCAGAAAGGAAAAAGAAGUGGCUUACAUAAAGAAUAUUUUUAGGACCAUUAAGAUUUGGAAUUCUGACAUUUAUAAUGAAGAGUACAUCUCCCAUCCAAAAUUCUCCUUACUGUAAUCUGUUUGGACAUUUUCUUUUUGUAAUUCCCAUUGUUCUCAUUAAUCAUAUUCUCAUUACUGUAAUACAGUAUUUUUUAUUAUUUCAUAAAAAAAUCUGAAUAAUUUGAUCUUUAAGGCAGUAUAAUACAAAUAUAUUUUCAUUACUAGGAAUUACAUUUCUACAGUCUCUAAUGUAAAAUAAAACAACAGUAUACUUUAAUUUAAAAAAUCUUAAUGGUCUUAAAAAAGGAGUUUCUUCGAGCAAAAUGAUCUUAUACUUCCUUUUUGUUUGGGGUUAAAUGUCACCGGUUUUGAGAGAUUCACGAUUCCAAAUGGUUAAGAAAACCAGUCAACCAUCUUUCUUCAUGUUCAUCUUCAUCAUUACAUAAGCAAUUGUCAGAUUCUCUGAUGCUGAUGGGGUUUAAAUUUGCGAAACCAUAUUACUAAUGCCUUACAAACAUAACCCAGAAAUCCAACUCAGUUGGUCUUGAGGCUGAUUUUGUGAGUCUGCUCACAACAGUGACAGAACUGUUAUCCACUGUACCCCACACAGAGCGUUUAGCGUCUGUGUUUUUUGUUAGACUGAGAUGCUGUGCACAUUGUUCUUAAGCUAAGCUUCAUUGCCCAAAUCUGCUUUGGCUCCCUGCAUCGUUUUCUUCCUUUUUUCUUUCCAUCUCAUGUUUUUUUUAUGGAUAAUAGUGAAGUGUUCACAAGCCUUGUUCACCUAGCCUCCGUGUUUGUUAUACGAAAAGCUUUGAGAGCUUUUAUCUGGUCAUUUGUGCACUUUGAAAAGAAUUCAGAAGCACAAACGCUCAUGUCGUUCAUUAACUCAAGCAGGAUCUCACCUUGUUUGCUCACUACCGAGUGAACGUCUGGCAUCGAUCCACCCUCAGUGUGAACUUUAUUACCAUACUGUGGCGUUCACCCUCGGUCGUGGUUUGUCUGGAUGUCGAUCACAGAAGGAGCGUCUGUUCUCAGAUGGAAAUAUUUUGUAUGUAUUGCCAAUCUGUUUGUGGUCGUAAUGUCUUUGAAUCUCUUGUUGGCCAAAGUGAGAAGUUUAAUUUUUCAACAUUUAAGGCAGCAGGUGAUUUGGGCGUCCUUCCCAGGAGAAGGGUAAUAUAAGACUGAACAGAAAGCGUCAAGGGAGCGCAAGAGAAUAUGAGCUGGACAGGUGACAAGUUCUCUCUCUCUUUUCCUCAAAAAAGAAAAAGAAAAAACAUUGCUCCUCUGAUUUUGUGUUUGUGUUGUGUGAAAGUUUUAACUGUUUAAAGACAACUCUGUUUUGGUAAAACAAAAGAAAAAAAAACUAGAAAAUGAGUGGGGAUGCAUCUGCCAGAGAGAUUACUGUAAUCAAGGAAGAUUUGAGAAGCCUUGUUACAUUUACGGGAGAAAACUGCCAACAAGUUCUGGUAUUUGGAGCCGAUUUUAUUCAUUGUUGGUGUGUUGUUGUGCUUAUUGUAAAUAUAUGUCUUUUUGAUUGUCCUUUUUUCCUCUGGGGGGUGAGGGAUCAAGGCAAGGGCUUGGCGAAAGAAAAGAGGGAGAUGAAUACAGAGUAUUUUGUUAUUGUCCAAUCCAAGGGUGACACAGUAUGUAUAUAUCUAUAUUGUAUAUAUGUGAUGGAAAUGCGUUGGCUUUUUGUGUGACACUACCUUUUACCUGUACUAUUGUUCAACAUUCAGUGUUCCAGUGUUUAUAUUCUAUUUUAAUCUUUGUUUUCUGUUUGAUUUUGUCCUGGUCAUUACUUGUAUUUGUUGUUUCUUUUAUUUUCCCCUUUUCGUCCAUUUUGUUAUUGCACGGUUUAUUACUUUUGCUGUCCAAUAAGAUGACACGGCUUCUCUUUGUAUUGGUUUUAGUGCUGUAAAAUAACUCUGAAGUGUCAUUAGGAUUGUCAAUACCACCCCUUCCCCUGAUAUGCAUGAAUGGCACUUAAAGAAAUAAAAUGUUAACUUCACUGUGGAA